CUUUUGGUCCUAUUUCACCAUUAAACACCAGAUGAUAAAGGAGGAGGUUCAACACACUAUCUCACAGGCUAUUUUUUUUUGGCUUCAAAUGACCUCUUUCAAAAGUGACUUUGUCCUGUUAUAUAUGUGGAAAUUGAAUGAGGUGCAACCAGAAUUCCUCAGGUUCUCUUACGAAUGGCUCCUCUUCACCCUCCCCAGACCCCAGCCCUUCAGAUGCGGGUGGAAGAGGGGCCAUCCCACCUUUCUCAGAUAGACUGACAACAAUGAUAGCGCAACGCAGGAGAAAGCUAGGGGAGAGGCCUUUGGCCGAAACCCGGGGAAGCACCAUCAAGGUGGAUCUUCCCAAUCAGCAGCGGACAGUGGUGACCAUCCGGCCAGGUACGACUGUCUACAACUCCCUGGACAAAGCCCUGAAGGUGCGGGGGCUCAACCAGGACUGCUGUGUUGUCUACAGGAAAGGGGGAGAUGGACGGAAGACCAUCACAGAUUGGGAGACAGACCUGGUCAACCUGGAGGGGGCUGAACUAUCUGUGGAAGUCCUGGAAAAUGUACCGCUUACGAUGCACAAUUUUGUCCGGAAGACCUACUUCCGCAUGGUCUUUUGCGAUUUCUGCCUUAAAUUCCUCUUUCACGGCUUCCGUUGCCAGACGUGUGGCUACAAGUUCCAUGAGCACUGCAGCAGCAGAGUGCCGACGGUCUGCGUCGACCUGGCGACGACUCAUAAGCUCCACGAGCCAUGGCAGUUUCUCCCACCGUGGCAAGACAACGUAGCUACGGCGCCAGCGCAAGAGAGCCCUGAACCCAGGACCCCUCAAGCGAUCAGUUCUCCUGAAACCUCCUCCCUCAGCAAAGAUGCCUUCAGCUACCCCAACCUUUGUGGCGAUGGGCAGCGCCUGCAGCGCCACCGCUCCACUUCCACCCCGAAUGUCCACAUUAUCAGCACUACCAGCCCAGUGGACAGCGAACUCCUGGAGAUCUUAAGCAGGAGCCAAACUGCAGAUGCCUUGGGUGGCCCUGAGCUCCCUCCUCGCACACCACCAGCUGCCCCCAUUUCCAGUGUGGCUGCUGUCUCUCCUGGCCGCCGCUCCCCACACCCCAAGUCCCCUGGCGAGUCUCCGAGGGAGCGCAAGCCCCCGUCAGAAGACAAGAAGAAACCUAAGUCUUUGGGCUACCGGGACUCCAGCUAUUACUGGGAGGUGUCCCCCAAUGAAGUGACUGUUCUGAAGCGCAUUGGGACCGGAUCAUUCGGUACCGUUUUCAAGGGCCGCUGGCAUGGGGAUGUGGCAGUCAAGAUCCUGAAGGUCACCAAUCCCACCAGUGAGCAGGUACAGGCCUUCAAGAACGAGAUGCAGGUUCUCAGGAAGACGCGCCAUGUGAACAUCUUGCUCUUUAUGGGAUUCAUGACUCGCCCUAGCUUUGCUAUCAUCACCCAGUGGUGUGACGGGAGCAGCCUCUACCAACAUCUACAUGUACAGGAGACCCCCCUAGAGAUGGUGCAGCGGAUUGAUGUGGCCAGGCAGACGGCCCAGGGCAUGGACUACCUGCAUGCAAAGAACAUAAUCCACCGUGAUCUCAAAUCCAACAACAUUUUCCUGCAUGAAGGAUUGACGGUGAAGAUUGGUGACUUUGGCCUGGCCACGGUAAAGACACGUUGGAGUGGGUCACAGCAGGUGGAACAGCCCAGUGGCUCCAUACUCUGGAUGUCCCCUGAAGUGAUUCGCAUGCAAGACCCCAAUCCCUACAGCUUCCAGUCAGACGUCUACUCCUAUGGAGUUGUUCUCUACGAGCUGCUGUCUGGGAGCCUUCCCUACAGUCACAUCAAUAACCGGGACCAGAUUAUCUUUAUGGUUGGUCGGGGCUACCUGUCCCCUGACCUUAGCAAGGUGCCCAGCAAUUGCCCCAAAGCCAUGCGCAGGCUGAUGGGUGACUGCCUGAAAUUCAAGCGUGAAGAGAGACCCCUUUUCCCUCAGAUCUUAGCCUCUAUUGAGUCGCUCCAGCACUCUUUGCCCAAGAUCGAGCGCAGUGCCUCUGAGCCUGCCCUCCACCGUGUGGCCUAUGACGAAGACAUCAGCUUCUUUGGCCUGCCAGCUGCUCUGCGGCUCCGCAGCUAGCGCGUCGCUCCAGGAACUGCUACCAAAGGUGGCCUCAGCCCAUUCCCCCACUUGGGGUUAUCUGCCAUGACACUCUGCCCUCCCUGCAAGGAGGGGAGACAAAGGAGAGCCCAUCAUCAGCCUCUGCGGGCCAGCCACGGACCCCGACACCCUUCUGCCUUCCCCUCUCUUGUGCUCAGAGGGAGAGUGGCAGGGAUGGGGAGAGAGAUUAGCUCUUGCACCCAAACCUGGAGUAUCAGUAGUGAGGGAGAGAGUGUUGAAGCCAAAGACACGUAGCAAAGUCUCUGUUCCAGACUGACACUGUCUUUGUCUUCCUAGGUAUAUAUAUUUUUUAAAAAACAGGGGUCAUCCAAUUUCAGGAUUUCUUUCUUGGAAAAGGAUUCGGAAAGUUCAUGAGCAGAGAGAGAGGGGGGAUGUAAGGAUUACAAUUUAAAAACAUGACAAUGAAGAUGGAAGAGCCUGUCUGUGGAAUUGCUAUGCAUUGCUAAGCUAGGAAACUAGGUUGUGGGGGGGUCUGUGUUGCUGUCCAGGUGGCCUUCAGCUCCCAUUAGCUGUGGCUAGCGUAGCCCAUGGUGAGAGGUGCUGGACAUGGAUAACCACCUCUGGAGGACCACGUGAUGCUUUCCCCUGCCAUAGAAGCAAAGCAAAGAAGAUGCAAAAGUUGGGGUAAGAGAAGGCUGAAUCCUAUGUUGCUAAUGUACCCCUCUCUUCCUACUAAAUCUUAACCCUCAUAUCUCAACAUCGCAGAGAUCUUGCUGACCAGCCAUUGUUCUGGUGGCUUCUGGAAAAUCACAGUUCAUAUGACAUGAAAUGGGUGUUAUUUCUAGAACUCAUGGAUCCUGCUCUUUUGGCCCAGAACUUUGAGGAAGGGAAUGGUGUUACUUCUUCCAGCAAUAAAAUGGAUACAUCCUUGA